AUGACGACUAACAAUGCAGAAUCUUUAAACUCGUCGUUCAAGAAUGCUCGCGAAUUUCCAGUACUUGCUAUGGUUGAGCAAAUCAGAAAGACCUUGCAGAAAUGGUUUUAUGAGAGACACAUUGAGGCUGAAAAAUGUGCAACUACUCUAACCCCACCUAUUGAGGAAAAAAUGCGUAAACAAUAUGACGAUGCAAAGGGACAGAUGGUGGUACCAAUAAAUGAGUACGAGUUACAUGUCGGUGUUGAAAAUGAAAUGCAUAUUGUUAACUUGGAGGCAAGAACUUGUACUUGUAGGGAGUUUGAUUUAGAAAAGCUUCCUUGCAAACAUGCACUUGCAGCAGCGAAGUUUAAGGGAGUAUCUUGUUAUAGUUUGUGCUCACCCUAUUAUACCACUACUAGUUGGAAACAAGCAUAUGUCGAAUGUAUAUGUCCAGUGGCAAAUGAGGCUCACUGGGAAAUCUCCAAUCAAACUAAGGUGUUACCACCCCUUGUGAAUCGACGACAAUGUGGGCAUCCUAAAAACCAUCGAAUUCCAUCAAGAGGGGAGGGAAAAAAGACUCGUAAAUGUAGUAGAUAUGGUCAGAGUGGCCAUAAUCGCCUAACUUGCAAAAAUGCUCUGCACUAA